AUGGAGAAGGCGAGUAGGCGGCGCGUGCCGGCGUUUGGGGAGUGGAACUACUACUACUACAGCGGCGAGCUGUCCACGCCUGCUGCAGCCGCCGAGGGGUACGCGCCGGCGCCGGUUCAGGAUGGCCGCAGCGAUGUGUGGUUCAGGUACCCGUCGCCCCCGCGACGAAAGCCACCGCCCAGUAAGGUCAGGAGACUGGAGAUGGACAAGUCUUACAGCAGCGGCAAGCGGGGGCUUCAUCAUGCAACGAACGUGAGGGCGUCCGACGCUGGGGCACCGACAACGGUUCGCACCCCGGCGAAGGCCGCCACCCCCAGGGUGCGGGUUGUACGGUCUGUCGAUGCGGACCUGUACCAGGUGCCCCCGCCGGACUUUGUCGCCGACGAGCCGACACUACAGAAUAAGAAGAAGGCGUCGAGGACGAGAAGCCUUUGGAUGGGUUGCUUGGGGUUUAAUUGCUUCGCCUGA